GUCUUGGGUUCUGCCCUUGAACCAGGAGCCAACAUGUUGGUGAUACCUCCCGGACUGAGCGAGGAGGAAGAGGUACUGCAGAAGAAAUUCAACAAACUCAAGAAAAAGAAAAAAGCAUUGCUGGUGCUCAAGAAGCAGAGUAGCAGUGGCACCGUGAGCCAGGGCGGCGUCAAACGCUCACUGUCAGAGCAGCCUGUGGUGGACACCGCCACGGCCACGGAGCAGGCCAAGCAGCUGGUGAAGUCAGGAGCCAUCAGUGCCAUCAAGGCUGAAACUAAGAACUCAGGCUUCAAACGUUCUCGGACCCUAGAGGGGAAGCUGAAGGACCCUGAGAAGGGGCCUGUCCCCACUUUCCAGCCGUUCCAGAGGAGCAUAUCUGCUGACGAGGACCUGCAGGAGUCAUCCAGACGUCCCCAGAGGAAAUCUCUGUAUGAAAGCUUUGUGUCUUCUAGUGAUCGGCUGCGGGAACUGGGACCAGAGGGAGAAGAAGCAGAGGGCCCCGGGGCUGGUGAUGGCCCACCUCGAGGCUUUGACUGGAGCUAUGAAGAACACGGUGGUGCCCGCUCCUCAGCCUCCCCUCCCCGAAGUCGCAGCCGGGACCGAAGUCAUGAGAGGAGCCGAGAUAGGGACCGGGACAAAGACCGAGACAAAGACCGCGAUCGAGACAGAGACCGGGACAGAGACAAAGACAGAGACCGGGACAGAGACAGAGACCGAGACAAAGAUAAGGAUCGGGAUCGAGACAGAGACCGAGAGCGAGAGGGCCCUUUCCGCAGGUCAGACUCGUUCCCCGAAAGGAGGGCCCCUCGGAAGGGGAAUACUCUGUAUGUCUAUGGAGAGGACAUGACACCCACCCUCCUCCGAGGGGCCUUCUCUCCCUUUGGAAACAUCAUUGACCUCUCCAUGGACCCACCCAGAAACUGUGCCUUCGUCACCUAUGAAAAGAUGGAGUCUGCAGAUCAGGCCGUUGCUGAGCUCAAUGGGACCCAGGUGGAAUCCGUGCAGCUCAAAGUCAAUAUCGCCCGCAAACAGCCCAUGUUGGACGCUGCUACUGGCAAGUCUGUCUGGGGCUCCCUUGCUGUCCAGAACAGCCGUAAGGGUUACCACCGGGACAAGAGGACCCAGAUUGUGUACAGUGACGAUCUGUAGGAAACCUUUGUGGAUGGCUUCUAGGACACGAAGCUGGAUUCCUUGUGCCUCAUAUGCCCCCAAGCUGGUCUCAGUAAAAUCCCGGGGCAGAAGCUCA